AAAGAAAAUAAUGUAAUGCAAACCUAAACCUCUCUCUUACUUUCAUCAUCUUCAACCUAAACUCAAGACACAAACAUUAUCUCUUGCCCCCUCUACUAGUGCUAGUGCUGUGCCUUCCCGCCAACUUCUGCCGCCGUUGCUACUGCUGUUCCUCCCCCCGCCGCUAGUCCUGCGCCGUUCUGCCGCCGCUAUCCGUCGCUGCCGUUGUAGCUACUGUUUCGUGCUGUGCUCCUCCAUCUGCUGCAAUUAGGUGAAGCGUGACAUACUGGGUCGUCGAUAAAACUCGUAGAUUAAAUAAACAAUGAAAGCAGGAAGGAAGAAUAUGAAGAGAGCAACAACAGAACAUGGUUUGAUUCUUGAAGAUGGUCAAACUAUUAUGAAAGUCGUCUCUCUUAGAGGUUCCAAUAUCGUUGAGGUAAUGGACGCAAAAGAUCAGAAAUUGUUGGCAUUGUUUCCGGCUAAGUUCCAAAAGAGCAUCUGGAUCAAACGAGGGAGUUUUGUUGUAGUUGAUGAAAGUGGAAAAGAAAAGGCAUUGGAGUCUGGUAGCAAGGUGGCUUGCAUUGUUUCUCGAGUUCUUUUUUAUGAUCAAGUUCGUCUUCUUCAGAAAUCUCCUCAAUGGGUGGACUUUUUCCAGUCUACAACUUCAAAUAAUCCCGAUGCAAGUUUGCAGAAGAAUACCCAGAAACAAGAAGAUGAUAAGCAUGAUUCCGAUGGUGAUGAAAGACUCCCUCAGUUAGAAGCCAAUAUGAAUACAAUGAAGCUGGCAGAGUUACGAGAAGAAGAUGACGAGCUUGAUUCAAGUGAUGAUGACGAUCUCCCUCCACUAGUAGCCAAUACAAAUAGAAUUAAGCUACCAGAAUACCAAUCAGAUUCCGAGUCAAAUUCAGGAUCCGACACAGAUUCUUGAACUAUCAUACAUGUAGCAUUUGUAUGCAAAUUUAGAGAUACUUAUCUUAAAAUUAUCAUUUAUUUAACAAUUUUAAGGUUAGAGAAAAGGAGAAGAAGAGAGUUGCCAUCAAAAUUUCCAAUUUUUGUACCUGCUGAUCUUAAUUUGUAAAGUUUUCAAAUUUUUCUUUGGUUGUAAUAACUGAGAAUUAAUUAUUUAUAGGAUAUCUUGCUUGAAAGUU